AUGCCACCAAAUCUCCGUCAACAAUUUGCUCAAAUUGUACAUGAAUUUAAAGCUUUUAACAACGGAUACGAUGAAGAUGAAGUAGCAGAUGAAUUUGGGGAAGAAAAAACAUUUUUCCCCUCAUAUAAUACGCCUGCAACAGUAUUUCCUACUAAUGAAUUUCACAACUAUUGUGUCGUUCAUUUAAUUGUUGUGGAUAUGCCCACAGGUGAAGACAUUCUCAGUGGUGACUUCAUCGAAGUCUGUAUCAAUACAGAAUUGGGAGAAGAUGAGUUGCACAAAUUCUCCAACGUCGAACAUAUAUUCAAACCAGCACACCAACUCUUUAUCGAAACUGAAAUAACACUCACACAAAAUAUGUCCAUCUCAUUUAAAUCCAAAUCAGGACGUCCAUACAGAAUUUGGAUGAACUACGUCCUCCUCCACUACGCCGACGAUGACGAAGAAGAGGAAGAGGAGGAAGAAGAAGAGUCCUCCGAAUUCACACCAGAAGACUAA